AUGAGCGGUGCUGUGAUUCACUGCCUGGUGCUGGGCCUCUGCGCCGGCGUGCUCGGGGUCGCGGCUGUCCCCCGGGUCGAGGAGGAUGUCGGGUCCGGUGACAGCGCCUCCACCCUGGCCUUUGUCUUCGAUGUCACCGGCUCCAUGUACGACGAUCUGAAACAGGUGAUAGACGGCGCCUCCCGGAUCCUGGAGAAGACGCUGAGCCGGAGGACUCGACCCAUCAGCAACUUCGUGCUGGUCCCCUUCCACGACCCAGACAUCGGCCCUGUGUCCAUCACCACUGACCCCAAGAAGUUCCAGCAGGAUCUGCAAGAGCUAUUUGUUCAGGGUGGAGGAGACUGCCCUGAGAUGAGCAUAGGAGCCAUAAAGAAGGCCUUGGAGGUCUCCCUGCCUGGAUCCUUUAUCUACGUCUUCACCGACGCCAGGGCCAAGGACUACCGCCUCAAACGAGACGUGCUGCAGCUGGUGCAGCUCCGUCAGUCACAGGUGGUGUUCGUGUUGACGGGUGACUGCGGAGACCGGUCCCAGCCCGGCUACAGGGUCUACGAGGAGAUCGCCGCCACUUCCUCCGGCCAGAUCUUCCACCUUGACAAGCAGCAAGUCAACGAGGUUUUGAAGUGGGUCGAGGUGACGGUUCAGGCCCUCAAGGUCCACCUGCUGUCCUCCAACCACGACAGCGCCCAGGAGAACACGUGGGAGGUGCCCUUUGACCCCAGCCUCAGAGAGGUCACUGUGUCACUCAGUGGACCUGCACCACAGAUAGAAUUAAGAGACCCCUUGGGUCGUGUUGUUGGUGUGGAGCAAGGGCUGACGGAGCUUUUGAACAUCCCCAACUCAGCCCGUGUUGUCAACCUGAAGUUCCCCAGACCUGGAGCCUGGAAUUUAAAGGUGGGAUGCAGUGGUCGCCAUACUCUCAGGGUCACAGGAGUCAGUAAUCUAGACUUCCGAGCGGGAUUCUCCAGUGUACCUGUUUCUGAGUUCAACCACACCAGAGAGAGGCCCAUAAAAGGAGUGCCAGCCCACAUUUUGCUAAAAUGUACAGGCCUAAAGCCCCCAGGCCAGCUGAGCCACAUGGAACUAAUGUCCGGUUCAGGUCGCCCCUUACGCACUCUGUCCAUACCUAUGCCCUCUGACCUGGGCAGGCGAGGGCUGUGGAACCUCCCUGAGUUUCGCACACCCUCCCAGAGCUUCUUCAUCAAGGUAGUCGGAAAGGAUGAGGAGGGCUACCGCUUCCAGAGGCUGUCCAGUGUAUCCUACACCAACGUCAUUCCGGCUCCCCCAGCUGUUAGCAUGCCUGCUGUGGUGCAGGGCCUCUACAUGCAGCCCGCUGUCAUUGGCUGCUCGGUGGAGAGCGACAUUCCCUACCGGCUAAGAUUCACGAGGAGUGGGAUUACUUUGGGAGAGGAGAAGUUCUUUCAGACCUCUACCAAAGCAUCAUGGGAGAUCGCCCAUGCCUCCGGUGAGGAUGAGGGUCCUUAUGAGUGUAUAGCACAGAGUAGUGCAGGACAAGGACAUGCAUUAACGGAGCUGACUGUGAGAGAGCCCCCUCCUGUCCUGAAGGCCCCCGUCAACGUGAGCUCAUCGGUGGGAGCUGUGGCCGUGCUGUCCUGCCAGGUGGAAGGCUCCAUGCGCCACAAUCUGACAUGGGUUCAGGCGGGUCAUACCAUUACGGCUCGCACAGGGAGGAUGAAGCUGCUGCCCGACUCCUCCUUGCAGAUCAGUGGUGUUCAGCUUCAGGAUGCUGGGGAGUACCACUGUGUGGCCACCAACACCCACGGAGAUAGCAGAGCUGCUGUGUGGCUCCUUGUCCCAGAGGUUCCUUCUGUGGUAGUCAGCCCCCAGAGCCAAGUCUUCUCCCAGGGGGACGAGAUCCGCCUCGUCUGCUCGGCGUCCGGCUCUCCCCCUCCUCGACUCUUCUGGAGCCAUGGAAACAUGUUCCUCACUCAUCGACCGAGGUUCAGUCUAAGCCAACACGGACUCCUGACCAUUAGAGGAGCCCUCCCAGAGGAUGCUGGGAACUACACAUGUCUCGCCACCAAUGAUGCAGGCACCGCCUCCCAUUCUGUGCUGCUCACUUAUGCCGAGGUUCCCACCAUCAGAGUGGUGCAACAAGUUGUGCUAGCUGCUGUGGGGGACGAUGCCGCUCUACAGUGUCAAGCCUCAGGUGUUCCUACGCCCAUCGUACAGUGGUACAAAGGGGAUCUUGAGGUGGGCUCUGCUCCUUUCGCCGAGCUGGAUGUCUAUCGGGGGACCCUGCAGAUUCGAGGGGUCCAGGAAAUAGACGCUGGAGAGUACAGCUGUGUGGCCAGCAACUCGGCCGGGACCACCUCUGGCAGGGUUAUGCUGGAGGUUGGAGCUGGCCCAGUGUUUUCUGAGUCACCAGUUGACAUUACAGCUAAUGUAGGAGAGAAUAUCACCCUGCCCUGCGAUGCCCGGGGAUUCCCGCAGCCUACCGUGACCUGGUACCGACCAGAUGGCAAACAGGUCCUCACCAGAACAGACGGCCACAGUCGAACAAUGCAGCUAGAGAACGGACAUCUUCUGAUCCACAGCGUCUGGCUGGACGAUGAAGGACGGUACGUCUGCGAGGCCGAGAACCUGUUCGGCACCAUUAGGAGCGACGCCAGAGUCAGUGUCACCGGACUGGAGCCCCCUCUCUUGGCCCAGGGUGCCCCAGUCAUAACUACUGGGCUCGGGCAGUCGCUGAACAUUCCUUGCAUGCUAUUGGACGGCGUACCCCUCCCCGAAAGACAUUGGACCCAAAAUGGAAAACUUGUAAAGUCGAAUGGGAGAGCCUUUCUGAGGAGUGAUGGCAGCUUGCACAUCGACAGAGCCGGCCCAGAGGAUGCUGGGACAUAUGUCUGCACCGCCGUUAAUGUAGUUGGAAGCGCAAACAUCACGGUCAACCUGGAGGUUCAUGUGCCUCCUGAGAUCAACGCUGGCCCCUACCAUUACGUAGCCAACGAGGGCGUAGCCAUCACCCUAUCAUGUGAGUCCAGUGGCGUUCCCAAGCCAACUGUCGUCUGGUCCAAGGGAAGGCGGCCCUUAUCCAGGGAGCCCUCCUCUGUUCAGUCUGACCCUGAUGGAAACCUUCGCAUCCUCCACCCCACUGCUGAGGAUGCAGGGAUCUACAGCUGCACCGCCACCAGUCCUGUUGGCUACGCCAGCCGAGAGAUCCAGCUCAGCGUCAACACCAUGCCUAGGAUUGUGAGCGUGAGUGGCCAAGACAACACGGUGAAGAUGGCCGCCGAGGUGGGGACAGAAGUCAUCCUGCCCUGUGAGGUCCAGGGCAGUCCAUCUCCGUUAGUCACGUGGAGCAGAAAUGGACAGCCCAUCCCUCCUGUCACAGCCUGGUUCACUGUUUUGCCUUCAGGCUCCCUGAGGAUCACUGAUGUACGCUUGAUUGAUAGUAAACUGUACACCUGCACUGCAGCAAACCCAGCAGGCAACGCGUCCCUAAGCUACAAUUUGCACGUUCAAGCUAAGCCUAGGAUUCAGGCAGCUCCCUCCCUGCUGAAAGCCCUGAUUGGCCAAACAGUGACUCUGCCCUGUGUGGUCCAGGGCGAGCCCAGCCCGGUGGUCAGCUGGUUCCACAAUGGGCUUCCUGUUGAGGUCAGUGACCCUUUAGCCUUGCAGAUCCAACAAGUCACCCUUGCUGACCAAGGCACCUACCAGUGUGUGGCCAAGAACAAUGCUGGACAGGACACCUUGGAGAUCAAACUGGAAGUUCUCGAGGUACCGUCCUUUGCAGAGCCUGGAGAUGCCUUCAUGGAGAAAGUAGCUAACAGCAAGGUCAUCAUCCCCUGCCCCGCUGAAGGUUCACCUCCUCCGAAGGUGCGCUGGUUCAAGAAUGGCCUUGAGAUACACCCUGACCAAUCGGAGCUGUCCAUGUUGCGGGAUGGAUCACUUGUUAUUGCCGCAGCAUCUGCCAGUCACAGUGGCGACUUCAAAUGUGUGGCCACCAAUGAGGCGGGCUCUGCCGAGAGGAAGACCAGAUUGAAAGUGAAUGUUCCCCCUGAGAUCCAAGAUGAUGGCAAGCCUGUCAACCUCACCGUCACCUUGAAACAGCCUCUCACGCUUGGCUGUGAUGCCUUUGGUAUCCCCUCGCCGUCAAUUACUUGGACUAAAGACGGUCAUCCAGCGGAAAGUCCGGGAGUGUAUCUGCAGAAUGGGAAAAGACUCCUGAGAAUCUACAGAGUUCAAUCAGAGCACGCGGGGCAAUUUACCUGCACAGCCCACAACUCGGCUGGGGAGGCCCGGAGAGAAUAUAACAUAGUGGUACAAGCUCCACCGGUGAUCUCGGGGACAUCACGGCUGCAGGAGUUGGCUGUGGUUUUGGGUCAGGAGGUUGAGUUUCAGUGUCGGGUCAGUGGACGCCCAGCGCCUAGAGUAGAAUGGAGCCGGGAUGGAGAGGUUCUGUCUCGUGAUGGGGACCCCCAUGUGGAGUUCCUGGAAGGUGGCCAGGUAUUGAAAGUGAAGUCGGUGAGGCUGAGGGACCAGGGACUCUACCAGUGUCUGGCCAGUAACGACGCAGGGACUCAGAUGCGCCAGUUCAGACUCACAGUGCAAGCUCCCCCGACCAUCAAGGGCCCUGCUGAGACCACUGAGGUGGAGGUGGUGCUGGGUUUCUCCACAGUCCUACCCUGCAAUGUGGAGGGUUCUCCCUUACCCAGUAUCACCUGGCUGAAGGACAACCAGCCCAUUGUGUCCAGUGCCCAGCUGACCUACACCCAUGGUGGGCAGGCUCUACGGUUAGGGUCAGCACAGGGAGACAGUGCCGGCCUCUACACCUGCCGGGCCACUAACCCAGCUGGCACUGCUCUCAAACACUAUUCCCUUCAAGUCCUGGUUCCACCACAAAUCGAAGGAGACUCUACAUCCCUGAGUUUUGGUAGCCGGGAGGAGAAAGUACGGCUCAACGGUACCUUAACUCUAGCCUGCCUUGCCAAAGGCUUCCCUGAACCCAAGACCCAAUGGUUCAAAGAUGGACAGUUGCUGAACGGUCACUCUGUCGCGGGUAUUCGAGAGAGUGGCCACCUCCUGCACAUAGAGGGCGCCAUGCUGUCCCAUGAAGGGCAGUAUACCUGUGUGGUCACCAACACUGCAGGAGAGGACAAGAGAGACUUUCAUGUCACCAUUCAGGUUCCCCCAGUUUUCCACCGCAUGAAUAACAGAGAAGCAGCCUGGGGUCUUGGUGAGGAGGAUGAAGACCACAAUGAAGACAUGACGGAUAAGAGAGAGGUGGUCCUGGGCCAUCCUAUCAGUCUGUCCUGUGAGAGUAAUGCCAUCCCCCCGCCCAAGCUCAGCUGGUACAAAGAUGAGCGUCUGCUCACCACCGCUGAUGGAGUUGUACUGCUUCCAGGUGGACAGGUGCUGCAGAUCCCUCGUGUGCAGGAAGAAGAUGCUGGAAAAUAUACAUGUCAGGCUGUCAAUGAAGCAGGGGAGGACCGCAUGCACUUCGAAGUGGAGGUCCUGGUCCCACCUGUGAUAAUGGGGUCCUUGGAGGAGUUUAUGGAGGAAAUUGGAGCAGUGGUCAACAGUACUGUGGUUCUCCAUUGUGAUGUGAGAGGAUACCCAACACCAGCCAUCUCCUGGCUGAGGGAUGGGGAGCCAGUGCACACUGACAAACAGUACCACAUCAGUGAGGAUGGGUCACAACUCAAGCUUCUCAGUGUUCAGGUACCUGACAUGGCUGGGUACCUGUGCGUGGCCAAAAACAAAGUUGGAACGGUGGAGAAACUCUUCAGUCUCACAGUGCAAGUGCCUCCCAGGAUAAAUGGCCAGAAGGAGGAGGAGGUGAGUGUGAUCGAGGGCAACAUGGUGUCCUUGCUGUGUGACGUCCAGGCCUACCCUCCUCCAGAGAUCACCUGGACCAGAGACGGUCAGGUCCUUCAGUUCAGCACUGGUAUCCACAUUCUCCCAGGCGGCCAGAUGUUGCAGCUACCCAGAGCCAGAGUGGAAGAUUCAGGACAGUAUGUUUGCACAGCCACCAACUCCGCUGGCCAGGACCAGAAGAGCAUCUUACUUAGUGUUUAUGUCCUGCCUUCCCUGAAGCCCCGACUGGACUCUGAGUCAGAGCUGGUGACCCCUCAGGUGGGCUCCUCUGUCACCCUCCGAUGCGAAGCCCAAGGCUUUCCAAAACCUGAAGUCACAUGGUAUAGAAAUGGGUUGCAGCUGGUGCCAGGAAAUGGAGUCAAGAUGGAUCCCCACCAGCUUGAGAUUGUGGGAGUACAGCUGGCGGACGGAGGUACGUAUACCUGCAAAGUGUCCAAUAUGGCUGGCCAGGUGGACAGGACUUUCAGGCUGACAGUUCACGUUCCUCCUGUCCUGGAUGGGUCUCUCCAUGAGUCACUGACCCAGACUCUGGGCUCCCAUGUUACUCUGCUGUGUGAGGCUUCAGGGGUCCCUGUUCCCAGCGUCACCUGGCUUAAGGAUGGAACUCCUAUUGAGAGCAGCCUGCAAUGGAAGUGGUCAGUUCGAGGCAACAGACUGGAGCUGGGGCCUCUCACGCUGUCUCAUGCCGGGACAUACACCUGUUUGGCCAAGAACAGCGAGGGGGAGACACGGAAGGACUACACUCUCACAGUGCAGGUAUCACCCACCAUCCUGGAUUCUGGCCACCCGUCCGAGCUGAGUUCUCCGGAGGGGGAGGAGGUGACCCUCACAUGCAGGGCAAGUGGAGUCCCCGCACCUCAUCUCAGCUGGCUGAAGGAUGGAGUGACUCUAGAGGGAUCAGACACUCAGCAUAUCGAUAUCACCCCAGAUGGCAGCACGUUAACCUUACUGAGGCUGACGCCCGAGGAUUCAGGAAUAUACACCUGUCAGGCCGUCAGCCCCACUGGCCAGGACACCAGAAUCUACACCCUCUUUGUACUAGUCCCCCCAUCUAUCUCUGGUGAGACGACCGUACCCAGAGAGGUGCAGACAACGGAGGACAGCGUUGUGACCCUGGAGUGUCAGGCGGCCGGCAGCCCUCCACCCCAGAUCAGCUGGCUGAAGAAUGGACGACCUCUCCUCCUUUCUCCCCGGUCACGGCUCCUCUCUGGUGACUCUGUGCUCAGGAUCUCUCCUGUACAGUUGUCUGAUUCUGGAGUUUACACGUGCGUGGCCCGCAGUCGCGCCGGUCUCGCUGAGCUCAGCUACGAUGUCCAGGUCCAAGUGCCUCCAGGUGUGGAUCACGUUGAACCAGUUGAGCCGGUCACUGUGGUCCAAGGGUCCUUGGUGACAUUGACCUGUGAGGCGCGGGGCGUGCCCCCUCCCACGCUGACCUGGAUGAAGGAGGGCCAGCCGCUUUCCCUGCACCGCAACCUCCUGCUGGACGGGCAGGAGACGCGCCUCCAGCUGCCCAACGUGGCGCCGUCAGACGCGGGGCUCUACAGCUGCGUGGCCAGUAACCAGGCCGGAAGCAGCACCAAAAGCUUUAACCUCACCGUGCUAGAACCCCCAAAGAUAUCCAGCUCCAGCUCUCCUGACGAACUGACCAUAGCGGUGAACGGAGCUCUGGAGCUGGAGUGUUCAGCCGUCGGGGUGCCCCCUCCCACCCUCAGCUGGCUUAAAGAUGGGCGCCCCCUAGAGGCGACUGACGUCAUACAGCAAGAGGGACGCUUUGUCAAAAUUAACAAAGUACAGGUCCAGGAUGCAGGUCUGUACACCUGUCUGGCCAGCAGCCCAGCUGGAGAGGAUGGAAAGAACCACUGGGUCCGGGUCCAAGUCCCACCGACUCUUCUUGGCUCCAGUGAUGUGAGGACAGUGACAGUGCCGUCUCAGGGACAUCUGACAUUGGAGUGCCUGGCUGACAGCGACCCCCCUCCCAAUAUAGAGUGGUACAAGGAUGAGGUCAAACUGCAGCUGGGUGGUCGUGUCCAGCAGCUGGCAGGGGGUCAGUACUUGGAGAUACAGGACGUCCGGCCCGAGGACAGCGGUCAGUACAGCUGUGUGGUCACCAACAUGGCCGGAAGCACCAGCCUCUUUUUCACUGUGGAGAUUCUUUUACCGCCGGUAAUUAAGGAGAGCAGUUCAGUGGUGACAGCACACCUCAGUCAGGAUGCCAUUUUACCUUGUGAGGUUGAAGGGAACGUUUCUCCGACGGUCAUGUGGAGGAAAGAUGGCUUCCCCGUGGUUCACGAUAACAAUAAGUACACCAUGCUAUCAGUGGGCUCGCUGCGUAUACAAGGGGUUCAGCUGAGUGACGCCGGCCGCUACUACUGCACUGUGUCCAACCAGGCUGGUUCAGAUCACCGGGGAAUUGACCUACGGGUGUUUGUGGGUCCUUCGAUCAGCGCAGGUCCAUUUAACGUGACAGUAACCACGGGAGUUAGAGCUGUGCUCAGUUGUGAGACCACUGGUUUACCUGCCCCUCAAGUGUCCUGGAAAAGGAACGGCACGCCACUAGAGCUCAACCAGCAGCCGGGACAAUACAGGUUGCUCUCUUCUGGAUCCUUGGUUCUUUCCUCUCCAUCCAGUGAGGAUGAGGGUUACUUUGAGUGCACUGCUGUUAAUGAGGUUGGAGAGGAGCGCAGGGUCAUCGAGGUCUUCUUGCAAGUCCCACCGUCUAUUGAAGAUGAUGUCACCACUGUCACCGCUGUGAAAAUGUCACCCGUGGUGCUGCCUUGUCAUGUUCAGGGGCGUCCUCAGCCCACUGUCACCUGGACCAAGGGUGGCGCAAAGCUGGGGUCUAGAGGAGGGAGCUAUCGUGUCCUACCAACUGGAGUUUUGGAGAUAAUUGCUGUUGUUCCAAGUCAUGCUGGCAGGUACACCUGCUCAGCCCGUAACCCUGCCGGGGUGGCCCACAAACACAUCUCACUUUCUGUUCAAGAGCCCCCUGAGAUUAGGCCAAUGGCAGAGGAAGUACAAGUGGUGUUGCAUCAUGGGACCGUUCUUCCCUGUGAGGUUCAAGGCUUCCCCAGACCUUCCAUCACCUGGCAAAGAGAGGGAGUUCCCAUUUCAGCAGGUCACAGGCUGGCUGUGCUUUCAAAUGGAGCUCUGAAGUUUUCUCGAGUCACUCUGGGUGAUGCAGGUACCUACCAGUGCCUGGCACAGAACGACGCCGGCACAGUCAUGGGCAGGACCAAACUAGUCCUUCAAGUCCCACCAGUGCUGAGUGUGCCUCGUGUGGAGUACACGGCUGUACUAGGCCAACCUGUCAGUUUGGAGUGUGUUGCUGAUGGACAGCCACAACCUGACGUUACCUGGCAAAAAGAGACGAGGCCGGUAGUAGAGGGCACUCACAUACGGGUCUUUGCCAACGGAUCCCUGAUAAUCACCUCCACCCAGCGCAGUGAUGCGGGUAUCUACACCUGUACUGCCAAAAACCUCGCUGGCAGAGCGAGCCACGAUAUGAGGCUUGUUAUCCACGUCCCACCCAUGAUUCCUACUGGUCAGCCAGAGCUGUCAGUCAUCCAGGGAUUCCAGGCCUUGCUGCCGUGUGCUGCUCAGGGUUCACCAGAACCCAGAGUGUCCUGGGAGAAGGAUGGGGCCUUUAUUCCAAAUCGUCCAGGCAAAUUUACUGUCUUGCGAUCAGGGGAGCUGAUCAUUGAAAGGGCAGAGCCCGGGGACGGUGGUGUGUUCACCUGUGUGGCCACAAACGCAGCCGGCACCGUGAGACAAGACAUCCGUCUGUCAGUCAACAUGAGGCCCGCCUUCAAGGAGUUACCCGGCGAUGUGACGCUGAACAAAGGGCAGAGUCUAUCCUUGUCCUGCCAUGCUCAAGGGACACCUACCCCUGUGAUCUCCUGGACCACCAAUAACGUUCCCUACGCAGGUGCCACUGUAGAUGAGGCCGGCAGGAGUACCAUUUUUAUUGAGAAUGUAACCAGGAGCGAUGCCGGGACCUACGUGUGUGUAGCAGAAAAUACCGUGGGCUCCAUCCGGGCGCUCUCAUUCAUCCGUAUCAGAGAGCCUCCAGUGUUGAAGGGCGAGGCCCAUCUGUCUCAGACAGUCAUCCAAGGUGGCUCCACUAUGCUAGAAUGCCCCGUCCAGGGAGACCCCACCCCUGUCUUCCGCUGGCUUCGGGAUGGAAGACCCAUCCUGCGCUCCCUCCGACUGCAAACCCUUCACAACGGUUCCUUGGUUAUCUACAGCAUCACAGCUGGAGAUGCGGGAGAGUACCAGUGUGUUGCAGAGAGCGAAGCUGGAUUAGCUGAGAGGACCAUCACCCUCAAAGUCCAGGUUAAUGGAGGCUACUCUAACUGGGAAGAGUGGGGACCAUGCAGCAGCACCUGCGGACAAGGUUUCCAGGAGAGGAUCAGGUUAUGCAACAACCCAGAACCAGUCAACGGGGGGCGGUUGUGUGAUGGUCCCAGUAUUGACUCCAGGAAGUGUCAAACUGGGCUCUGCCCGGGCGAGGUGCCCCGUAGGGCCAGGGGCAGCCUGAUAGGUAUGGUGAACGAGAGGGAGUUUGGCAUCUCCUUCUUGGAGGCCAACGUCACAGACAACGAGGUGGAGGGCACCAGUACUCUGCAGGCCCAGCUGAACAAUAUCCCUCCCAGCGUGGGUCCCUUGCUGCGGGUGCUAGUGUCUGUGUUUGCCCCCAUCUACUGGACCACUGUGCUGCAGAGUGGGGCAUCUAAAAAUGGAUAUGCUUUCACCCAGGGUGUGUUCAGACAGGAGUCUCAGCUGGAGUUUGAAACUGGGGAAAUCCUUCGACUCACCCACGUUGCCAGAGGUCUGGAUUCAGAGGGCGCUUUGUUAAUCGACAUUGUAAUCAACGGAUUUGUUCCUCCUUCAUUAUCAACUCCUCAUCUGAGUCUGCAGGAGUUUGAUGAGUCGUACGUGCAGACAGGCCAAGGGCAGCUGUUCUCGUGGUCCUCCCAGACACACCAGAGAGGAGGGAGCGCCAUGGUGCUGCGCUGUAACCACACCAUCAUAUACGAGGGCCAGGAGGAGCGCCAGGGGCCCCUGCUUCAGCUGCUGAGGGUCUCGGGGAUGAAGAGCGUCUACAGCGUGUUCAGCCUCAGCUUGGACUUCCACAUCACUACCAGCCUCCUCAUACCAGAUGGCAAUGGAGACACAUGCCCUAAAGGAUUCAUUUUGGACACAGCCUCGUACUGUGCUGAUGAAGAUGAGUGUGCGCUCCAGUCGCCAUGCUCCCAUUCGUGCAACAACAUCAUGGGAGGUUUCUCCUGUUCCUGUCCUUCGGGCUUCACCGUCUCCACUGAGUCCAACACCUGCCAAGAUAUCGACGAGUGCGCUCAGGGCUCCCAUAUGUGCCACUAUAACCAGCAGUGUGUGAACACAGUGGGCACAUACCGCUGCCAGGCCAAGUGCGGCCCGGGGUUUAAGCCCAACUCCAUGGGAACCAGCUGUGAAGAUGUGGACGAGUGCCAGGAGUCCUCUCUCUCCCCCUGCCAGCACCACUGCCUAAACACCCUGGGCUCCUUCCGCUGCGUCUGCCACCCUGGAUAUCAUCUCUCGGGCCAACGCUGCCUCGACAUCAACGAGUGCACGAGGAACGUGUGCCCAGCCCAUCAGCAGUGCCGUAACACCGAGGGGGGAUACCAGUGUUUCGACAGUUGCCCAGCUGGCAUGACCAAAGCCGAGAAUGGGGCCUGCGUGGACAUUGACGAGUGUCAGGAUGGAAGCCACAUGUGUCGCUACACUCAGAUUUGUCAGAACACUGUCGGAGGUUAUGGCUGUGUUUGUCCUCGGGGUUACCGAUCCCAGGGAGUAGGCCUCCCCUGUCUGGACAUUGACGAGUGCCUGCAGACGCCGAGCCCCUGUGCCCACCAGUGUCGCAACGUCCCCGGCAGCUUUAGGUGCCUGUGCCCCCCCGGCACUGUUCUGCUCGGGGAUGGGCGGUCUUGUGCUGGGUUAGAGAGAGGGCAGACCUUCACCAACGGUACCCGUGUCAGGGCCAGACUGCGCCCCCAACUGGUGUCAUCUCUGGGCAGGCCCAUCCUGUCCCGUUCUCAUGGGGUAUCCCGCAUCACUAGACAGAGCUGUCCCAUAGGAUACACCAACAGAGAUGGCACAUGUGUUGAUGUGGAUGAGUGUAUGCUGAGGAAGCCCUGUCAGCAUGAAUGCCAAAAUACCAUUGGCAGUUUCCAGUGCCUCUGUCCCCCAGGUUAUCAGCUUUUACCCAACGGCAGGAGCUGUAAAGACAUAGAUGAGUGUGCAGUACAAGGUAUCCAGUGUGGACACAACCAGAUGUGCUUUAACACCCGGGGAGGAUAUCAGUGCCUGGAUACACCCUGCCCAACAUCCUAUCAGAAAGGAGGGAGCCCGGGGACCUGCUACAGGCCGUGCUCCUUGGACUGCACCACAGGCGGCUCUCCGCUGCUCUUACAGUACAAGCUGCUCACGCUGCCGUUCGGCAUCCCCGCCAAUCAAAACGUGGUGCGGCUUUCAGCCUUCUCCGAGUCGGGGGUCCUGCAGGAACGUACGUCCUUUACCGUCCUAGAGCAGGAAGGGGAAACGGGGGUAAUCAGUCAGCUGUUUGGCAUCAGGGACGAGGCGGGCAGGGGCAUCAUUUUCACCCUGCGGGCCUUGGACAGAGCAGGACUGGUACGUCUAAAGGUGCAGGCCACCACGCUUUCGGUUCAGGGCCGAAUCACCUACCAGAGCAUCUUCAUCAUCUACAUCUCCAUCUCCAGAUACCCCUACUGAGUCUACUGAGCUGUUUGAAAACUGACUCUGCCCCUAAGUGGCCUUUGAAUGCCUUUCACUCACCGAGGCAAUGCCCCCGAACCCUGGUUGCGAGGGAAACAACAGGCCAUGCCAUAAAGCACUAAUAAUUAACAAGAUAAAGCAAAGCAUAGAGGAUUUUUAAAGGAUUAUACUGAGAUUUAUACCCUCAUUUGUGACUGAAAUGAAAUUCUGGGAACAAUUUUGUAAAAGAAAGUAAUCUCUCUUGAGAAUUCUGCAUUCAACACGUUUUGUUAUACCAGCAGAGCUUCAUCCAUCCAAGACAGCCGAACGGACUUUUUUAAGUAAAUAGGCCGGAUGAGCAAAAUAUAUGUUUGUUCAGUUUUGUUUCUUUAGGGACCUCUAAAUCCAUUUUGGGUAGAAAAAAAAACAGAUGAAGUACAGGAAAAAAAUGUUCUCUAUAAUUUUGUGGUGUUUAUCACUUCGAAAGAGGUGUCCCUUUUUCCCGAACGAUGGAUGCCAAAUUCCGGGUACAGAACACUGGUAUGAGAAAAUUUAUUCCAUUUAAAAAAAAAAAAAAAAAAGCUGGAGGUGGAAAUUCUCUAAAUGCUCACACAUAAUUAGAUGACGUGUUAUGAAAUUCAUUCUGUGUGCACCGUAUAUAAUUUUCCCAACGUUUUGACUGAUAGAUUUCAUUGACUUCGAAUGCCCUCCGGUCACGGAAAGUUCUGUUGUAAUUACAAACCUGCAGUGAUCUCAUGGUUGUGGCUUGCGGCGGUUUGAAAAUGUGACAGGUCUGGCACCGUUUCAUGAAGCUCACCUCUUUUUUUUUCGGUUCUUUUCCAAAAUUUAUUUUCAUUUUGUGAAAAAAAAAAUUAUAAGGUGCUAUUCUGAAUGUACUUGAGUGUUUAAGAGCUGGUGCCAUUUGCUUCACAGAUGCAGUUCGGUGUACGUUGCUGCGAGCUGUUGAAGGGGUAAAAAAAAAAAAAAGAAAAGAAAAGAAGUCGCCAGGAACUUGUUUGUUGUCAAUAUUUACUCGGCCUUUUACUUUUACCUUGGCUGGAUGAAGGGACCGCCGUACGAAGAGGCAGAGUUCGAUUGCACUUAUUUGGCUCUGCGGCGCAGCGUUAAAGCUGCAGCAGGUGCAGCUGCGGCACACUAGACAUGGAUACCAGACAACAACAUCAAAAACGCUGUUUGGAGGGAGCAGACAAACGCCGACCCCCCCAAGCCACUUUGCAGAAAAACCUUCCUGUUACAUAUCUUGUUAAUUCUGCAGUACGUCCUGUUUGUGAUGUGUCGAGUGAAUUGUAGAAACGAUGUACAGUACGUAGAUGUGCCAGAUGCUGCGGUGACAAAUAUGCUGUAUUUUUAUUUUAUUUAUUUUCUUAUUUUUCCUCUUUUUUUAUUUUCAUCAGUAUUGGCUAAAUUCAUUAAAUUCCGUUCA